AUGCAAAACCAACCUUUUCAAUCUUCUUUCCAUAGAUCACUGAUCUUCUCCAUCGCCAACAAUUUUGCGGGCCUCGAUGGCGUGCCAAUGGGGGCAGUGCUCGAAUAUCUGGCAAAAGAUCCUCACAUGCACCUUCAAUUUAUGAAAUAUCUUCGGGCGGGCCCGAAAUAUGUCUGUAAGGCCAUCGCAGAAAACUUGAUUCGGGCUGCCAUCGAAAAGUGCGACGCCACUCUGGUCACGGCGCUUUUGAGCACAGGUUUGGUGACAGCUGAUGGGAUCGUAUGUCUAGUCAAGGGUUCACGAUGCGCAGCCGUACAGCGCUCGGCGAUGCUCCGAAGUAUCGAAGUUACAAGGGCUCUUCUUGUUGCCGGCGCCAAUGUCAAAAAGGCUUAUGGCGCCUGGGGAGGACCCCUCGAGUUGGCUAUUCGAUCUGGUAAGAAAGCUAGCCCGGUCGAUAUUGAGUUGGUCAAUUUACUUCUUGAAUGGGGUGCUGAAGUACGCUCGACCCAUCUUCUUUUUGCGGCUCGGGAAAAAGACGACAUCUUGUUCAGAAGCCUGAUGUCCAAAUUCUCCCCGCUCCAGUGCCAUGAGUAUCUUCAUGCCAAAAAGUUCGAGGUGAAGUCGUUCAUUGAUGUAGCAAUUGGAUUGCUGGAUUGCGAGCUCGCCACCAUGGCGGUUACACUGAUGCUCCAAGCCCAUUUUCAAACAGGUUGCGGCAAAUGUCCACAAUCGUCCAGGAUAUUACGAAGAUCGAUUUCAAAUGCCGCCAUGAGAGGAUUUUCCGACCUCGUUAUUCUUCUCCUCGAAUACAUACCCAAGACAGAUCUUCCCCUGGCACCAGCCGUGCGGAGUGGCCAACGGGAUUUAAUUGAACUUCUCCUGGAACAAGGGGCUGCCGUCGACCCAGCAGCAUACGAUCUGAUCGGCGACAUGUCCCCGACGUCUACGCCGCUGGCUGAAGCAAUCCGAGGUGGCAACAAUGAACUCGUACGUGAUUUUGAGAAUCGUGGGGCGUUGUCCCGGAUCCGCGAACGAGGCCGCUUCGAUGCAGCAAUCUAUGCAGCAGCUGAAGUGAACAAUAUCGCCUAUGCACAGAAGCUUUUGCAAAUAGCCCCAGACAUAUCAGGAGGAGCCUUGAGUCCCGCUCUCGAAAUCUCGAUUCAAAAAGGACAUGAAGACAUGGCAUUGCUACUGCUUAGGGCAGGUGCUGACGUCAACGUCUUUUCGAAUAAGAUAGGGAGAGGGCUCUACAUGGAUAAGGGCGACGCUAUACUGCUUAUAGCUCUGCGUCAGAGGAACGAAGUCCUGGCCCGAGCAGUUAUGGGUUGCGGCAUGGAAGUCAAUGUCUCCAUGCACGGCCGUCCCUUUGACAGCCCGCUGCUGCUGGCAGUUCGUUGGGGGAACCUCGGUAUCAUUAGAGAUUUGCUGUCAAUGGGCGCAGUCGUUGAUGAGGAUGGUGAAAUUGAUGGUGUCCUUGAUCGAAGAGUUAACACCGACGAUGAUGAUGAUGAUCAUCGUAUCCAUUGUACCUAUCAGGAUCCGAGGGACUUCAGAGAGACCGCAGUCACCGCCGCUGUUAAGGGGAGCAAUAAGCUCUUGGUUGAGCUCCUAGUUAACAAGUACCAGGCAAGUUUGAACUUGUUUUCUGACAGGGAAACAUCUCCGCUAGCUGCAGCCAUAUCAAAUAAGGACACCGACAUGCUUCGGUACUUAUUGGAACUAGGGGCAGACCCAGCAUGUCAUUCAGCGUUCAGAAAAGCGAUCUCAGGUGGUGGGGAGUUGUUCUCGGAGCUCCUAUGCGCAUUCCGUGCUAAAUAUCCCAUGGGAAAGCCAGGUUUUGGCGGGGUGCCACUAAGCAUUGCCAUCAGACGCAAUGAUGAACAAGGCCUCGACGCGCUACUCGAAGCAAAAUUCGAUGUCAACGCUUUCGCCUUUAUGGGUAAUUGGAUGUUAAAUUCUCUUGGGACAGCAAUCAGGGAGCAUGGCAGACGCAACUUGAGUAUCAUCAGAAAGCUCAUUCGCGCAGGCAGUGAUGUCAACGAGAUAGUAGCAAGAAAUAUGCCAGCUGCGCUCUUGUCACUGAGGACAGCACUUCUUGAAGCCAUAUCAACCAAAAACAAGGCCCUCGUGGAGCUCCUUGUCGAAGCGGGCGCCGAUACAAAUAGACCUGCUCAGUUGGGUAUUAAGCGGACGCCGCUUCAACAUGCUUGCGAGGUUGGCAGCCUUGAGAUAGCAGAGUUCCUCCUGGACAGAGGAGCGGACGUCAAUGAAGAGCCGGCUUUCAGAGGAGGGGCCACUUCACUACAACUCUGUACGAUGGCAGGCUAUGCUGGAAUCGCGGACAAGUUAUUGAAAAGUGGCGCUGAUGUCCAUGCCCCCCGUCCUGAAUCGAAGGGCCGGACCGCCUUGGAAGGGGCCGCAGAGCAUGGUCGCCUUGACAUGCUCAGGAUUCUCUGGGAUGCGACUGCUGGCCAAGGGUUUGAUGCAGAGCAGAUUGAGAGUGCGAUGAAGCUCGCUGAAGGGAAUGGGCAUUUGGCGUGUCGCGAUUUGAUCCAGAAGCUGCGACUCGUUGGCCGGGCGCUCAUUAUGCCCGAGCCAUUCGACUUUUGA